GGUACUCUUACAGUAAACGCCGCUGGUUUGAGACAGAAUAGCGGGUAUUGUGAAGACAGCCACACAUUCUUGAACAGCAAGCACUGAAUAUAGGAAUCAUCAGGACAGGUACUUAGCAGACGUCUUUUCUUGAGUAGAGAAUGCCUCUGUGAAUAAGACUUUCUGACUGGUCUAGGUGUUUUUGGCUGCAGAAGGGAUGGUCAGAUUGACUUUUGGCAUGUGCUAUUGCUUCAUCACCAAGCUAGUCCUGGUGGCUUGGCAUAUUCUGCUAACAAUUGAGAACACCUGUUCCUGGAGGGAAGGGGUCCCCCGCCUUCGCCUCUCAUACCAAGACCUGCUGAGAUCAAACAGCUCCCGCCUGCUGUUGAACUCAGAGGCUGACCUUGCAUUCCAGUCCCUCCUCCUGGAUGAGAAGAGGGCUUGGCUGAUGGUGGGAGCAAAGGACCGUGUAAUUCUUCUGCACCUUGACAGUCCUCACAGGGAGCCUCAGGAGAUGGGGAACUUUAUUCAGGCACCUCCACUGACUUCAUGGGAAACAAUGCUGCUUUCUUCCGAACUCAUCUUGACAAUCCUGAACAAAACUACAUCAGGACGGAGCAGAACCAAGAUGAUUGGUUAAAUGAGCCGGUGUUUAUUGAGGCCCAUGCCAUUCCUGAUACUUACAGCCAUGAGGAUGAUAAAGUCUACAUCUUUUUCCGGGAAACUGCAGUGGAAGCUGGACAAUGGGAAAAAAGGCGUAUCCAUGCUCGUGUGGCCCGCGUCUGCAAGAACGAUAUUGGUGGGAAGCAUAGCCUUAUCAAUCGCUGGACCACUUUUCUUAAAGCACGGCUGAUCUGCUCUAUCCCAGGUCCCCAGGGCACCGAAACACAUUUUGAUCAGCUGGAAGACGUCUUCCUCCUUCAAACCCGUAAUAUACAGAACCCUCUGGUUUAUGGCCUCUUCACAGUUUCCAGUGGCAUUUUUAGUGGUUCUGCAGUGUGUGUUUAUUCCCUGGCAGCCAUUCGAGCUGCCUUCAAUGGACCUUUUGCACACAAGGAAGGCUUUGAUUAUCAGUGGGCUGAAUAUAAGGGACGGAUCCCUUACCCUCGUCCUGGAACAUGCCCCAGUGAAACAUAUGACCCAUUCCUGCAGUCAACCAAGGACUUCCCCGACGAAGUGAUUAGCUUCAUGCGCAGCCAUCAUCUGAUGUGGGACCCCAUCUAUCCACUCCACAGGAAGCCCGUUCUGAUUAGAGUCAAUGUGCCUUUCAAUAUCCGGCAUCUGUUGGUGGACAGAAUGGAGACAGAAGCUGGACACGUUGAUGUUCUCUUCCUUGGAACAGGUAGAAGAGUUCAAGCAAAGAUGUUCUGA